AUGUCUGAGCUCAUUCUCACCGGUGCAUACAGGUUCCACAACUUCGCAACACUGUACUGGCUCAAUCUGGUAGAGCAAGUUUUUACAAGGUAUUCAACCGACGCUCUUCCAAUUGAGUUCAUCAACCUACUAGAGACGCUUCGGGGCAAGAGAGAGACAGCGCCAGACAGAAACUUCGAGGACUCAAGUGUGCCUCACUACAUGAUACAACUGAGGCAACGCAAUCCAGAAUUGGUUACCAUGAUUUGCAAAUCCAUCUCAUUCCAAGCAACAUCCGAAAAAUCAUCAUUCAGAACCAAAGAUAUCGAAUGGGCCAGUCUUGAUCCUCUGAACAUCUCUACGACAUCGUAUGAUGUACAUUCACUCAUGGAACACUUCCUCACACCUUCACAAAUCACUCGGCCGACUAUAAAAGAGAAGCUAGUUUACCACUAUGGUGACAGACUGUUCAAAUGCCAAUACAUGUCCUGCAUUUUUCGGCGGCAUGGCUUCGAAACCAAGGCAUCACGCAACUCCCACGAGAAAGAACACGUUAAGCCGUGGAAGUGUGAUGUUGAGGGCUGCGAAUUCGAGAAUGGAGGUUUCCUGUCGCGCAAAAUGCGAGAUGAGCAUUUGAUGCGGUUUCAUGCUCAUUACAAUGUCAUUCCGAAUAGCGAAUUUCAGAACCUCGAUGAGGCGGACUUGAAAGAGGUCUGCUUGGAUCUGGUCAAAGCAGACGAUGUUUUAAGAGUCAGAGAAUUGGCUGCAGCCGGUAUGCUCAAGGACAAACCCCAUAUGCAUGACCUGAUACCUUGCGCUGCGCAAUACGCAUCUCCGGAAAUGCUGAAGAUGCUAUUGGGUCAGAAGUGUCCUUGGUCGGGGAUUUAUACAUAUUGGGGUAUCUAUUCGAAGCUUCUAUUGUGUGAGGUUGUAGCAAGUAAAAGUCUUCAGAUGUUAGAAUACAUUCUGCAUUCAGAUCCAGCGGACUGGAAAAAGUUACUGAAUGUUGAAUCAAAUGGACGGGUCGGAUUUGAUUUAUCGAAUAGGGCCUUGGAAGAAAAGUUGAGAGAGAUGAGAGCCGCCGGUCUACCGGACGUACUGGCAAAAGGAAACGACGAGAUGCUAGCUAUUCUCUGCAAAUGGAUCGAGCGAGACGUUCUUUUGGAGAAGACAAAAUCUUACCUCGUCUAUCCCAACAUGGUAGCUGCAACAGCGGGGGACACCUACCGGGAACAAAAACUACUCGGAAUGUGGAGAAAGAUUCCGUCUGAAUAUUGGGCAAAGAAUAAUUGGAAGAACGCCAUUACAAGUGUUGCGUCGACAACAUGCUCCAUCGAACUUGCGAAGUUUCUGGUCGACCAGGGUGUUCCAAUGGACUGGAGGAACAGUAAAGCGGUGCCAACGCCGCUCCUCCAUGCUGCACGUAAAACCAAUGCCGAAGCUGCGGAGCUCGUCAAGUUUUUGCUUUUUAGUGGAGCAGAACCUGUAGUACAGAUAGUCAAGAACGAUACCAAGCGGGCUCGUUCUAAGAGAACCGUAGAAACGUCUCAGAUUCAUGUUUCCGAACAGAAAGGCGCCAAGCAAAUCUCAAAAUGGCUCGGUGUAAGCUUCAACGAAUUGGUCGUUCAAGCAAAGAGAGCAAGAGGAGAACCAGAGAGUUCAGACACAUGA